GAGCGCGCCCCCCCCCCACGCCACGCUUCUUCAUCACUCAAGAUGGGGAAGACCGCGAAGGGCAAGCGCGCGUGGCGGAAGAACAUCCAGCUCGGCGAGGCGGACUACGUGGACAAGAAGCGCGAGGACGCGAGGACCGGCGGCGCGGUCGACGAGCUCCCGGACGACGCGCUCUUCUUCACCGACACGGACGGCGGCGGCGGGAUCGCCAACGCCGCGGUCCUCACGCGCAAGGAGAAGGCGCGAAACAAGACCCUGCGCGUGGACAGCAUCCUGACGAAGACGAGGACGUCGUGCCCGUACCCGGUCCCGGUGCCGAGAGGCGCGAAAGGGCCGCCGACGGCGUCGCGCGCCACCAAGGGCGCGGAGACGACGAGCGACAGAUCGCUUCGCGAGGCGUCGUCCUUCUCCAAGGCGGUCGCGAAGGCGGGCGGCGCGACGCGCGAGAAGAUCAACGGCGCGGCGCUCUACAAGCCGAACCGUCGCUUCACCCUCGACGACGUCCUCGCCGACGACCCGGACGCGCCGAAGAAGCAGAAGACGUACGACAUAUGGGACGGAGGCCUCGCGAGGGACGCGGCGAGGGACGCGACGCGAGAGAAACACAAGGCGACGACCAAGGCGGGGGCGAAGCACGCGGAGGCGGCAAGCUACUCGAAACACCGGCUCGGCGACGCGCCGGGGAGCUCCAGCGCGAGGGGGAACAAGAAGAAGGCGUACGCGCCGAAGAAUGGGGUGGGCGCGGUCGAGGUGGACGCCGCGGGGAGCAGCUACAAUCCCCCGGAGGACGCGAGGCAGGAGGUCAUCGCGUACGAGGUGGGGAAGGAGCUGAGGAAGAAGCUCAAGAAGCAGCUCGACCCGGUCCGCGCGCCGGUGUCGAACAACGAGGCGAACCAGAAGCUCGCGGAGGAGCUGUAUUACGCGCAGGAGAACCUGUACGAGGACGCGUCUGACGACGAAGCCGGCGGCGGCGACGGCGGCGGCGGCGCGUCGAAAAAUAAAAAUCCCGCGACGUCGAGAGACGGCAAGAUGACCAAGGCGCAGCGGAAUAAACAGCUCAGACGGCGCGAGCAAGAGGCGGAGGAGGAGGCGAACCGGCUCGCGAAGCGGCACCGACGAGAUCUCUCCAACCUGAAGCAUCUCGACGCGCGUCUCGACGCGGAAGCCGCGGAGGAAGAGGCGAAGCGCGAGCGUCGAAAAGUCGCUCGCGAGGAGCGAAAGGCGGCGCAGCCGGACAGGCUCGGGAAGCACCGGUUCGUGGAGGAGCACACGCCGGUCAUGCUCAAGGACGAGCUCACCGGAUCGCUGCGCACGCUCGCGGGGACGCACACGCUGCUUCGCGACCGUCUGAAGAGUUUACAGCGACGCGAGCUCGUGGAGCCACGGAGGAAGGUUGAACGGGUGAAGAGCAAGUCGUACAUGAAGUACGAGCCGGGGGCCAAGGGGGAGAGGGAGACGGAGAUGCACGAGAGCGCGCUGAAGGCGACGGAGGCGUCGCGGAAGCGAGGGAAGCGCGCGAGUUUGAUGGACGCUCCGAUGUGA